AUGGACGAAUACACUAUUGAAUAUAUCCUGGAGGCUAAGCGCCUGUCUGAGAAGGACGGUAGCAACUUUUCAGGCCAGUUACCCCCAGAGAAAAAGGAUUAUACUCAAUAUGAGUAUAAGAUCAAAUGGGAAAACUAUCCCAUGUCUGCAGCAACGGCUGAGAAGAUCGACUCGUUUCUACCGACCGAUACGGACCCACGGUCGUCUUUGCACUUUGUCGACGAUUUCUGGGCACAAGCUGAUCUGCAAGGGUUCACCCACAAGGAGAUUCUUCCAGGCACGAUAAUUCAAUUGUCUGGUUGGAUCCUCGAUCUGCAGAAAUGCAGCACGCUGCCGUAUCACGGACCCGGCACCACGCUGCCAAAAGCACAUUCCCCUGCUUCGGCACGUCCAAGCCAGCCAGCCCAUAAGCGUGAAAAGUUGAACGCAAAGGUUCAAAGCCUCUGGACCUACUUGAUAGAACAUUGGCCAGACAAGGAAGGGCAACCAGAUGUCCUCUUUGAGGUCAGGUUCAGCCUUACAGAUUGUCCUGCUGUUUGGCUGCUAUUCAAGAGGCAUAUUCCGCAAUAUUUGUCGUAUUGUCAAAAUAAAGGCGCAACACAAAACUUUAAAAUCAUCGGGGAUCUCUAUAGCAAGCUGCAAAAGGAGGUCGAAGAAUGUGGAGUUUUCGAUUCGCACCUUUUGCAAGGCAUGUACGAUUCUUUCAUUGCGGCAAUCGACCGUGUAGUGGCUCCGAUGCCCGGCCUGGAGUAUGCUCUGAGGAUGUCUGAUGAAGCUCGGAAAGCACUUCAAGCAUCGUAUCGAACUGGGAAAGCUCUUCGAAAACAGGCCAUUGAAGUACCUGUGCCAAGAUAUUCCGAUGGACCUCCUACAGACCACAACAUGGUUGAAAAUAACUUGUUGCUUGAGCAAGGCAUUGAAAGUGGUGCCUUGAAGUGCGACAAGGUGGUGUGUUUGGACGGCUAUAAUCGGGUGCUUGCACCCCCGCCAGGAAAGGCCUACGCGAUUAUGUUUUGUGAACAGCAACCUUCUGAGGGCCCAAAAGACUAUUUUGGCUUUGUGGUUUACAAUGCUGGAGACUUCAGCAAAGCAUUUGGUACUUCCGACAAGCUUACCCUGGCUGAACAAGAGACAGUUCAGCAUAACAUACAGUUCAGUUUUUGUUUGGUUUUAUGGAAUGGUGUCAUGGUCAAAAGCACCGGUCUCCAGCAGGUGUCUGGCCACAGAUACCAGAAUUUGCCAAGCAUUGAAGAUAGCAUUUCCUCCAAUCUCAAGAUCCGUACAAGAAUUGAUCACCAGAAAAUCCUACAUGAUCAAAUGAAGGAGUAUCAUGCAUUGGGACAGGCAAAAGACUUUGAGUUCAUGCGAGGCCUACAUGCUCCGUUUGCAAAAGAACAGAUGGCUAUCGCUACUGAGUACCAACUGUUGAACGCUUUGGGACGACCAGACACCUCUAGUUUUGCCACUUAUGGAUAUGGUGCUGGCCAACACAUUGAUAAAGACGAGUCGGUGAGCUUUGGCUACGUCACCAAGAGGUCUUCCAAGGUUCCUCGCAGCGAGUCUAACUUUGUUUGGGGAGAUCACAAGUUGAUUGUUGAGCUUGCAGAGGGUGCACGCUGGAUCUGGAGGGCAUCUCAAGACCGGCAUGGAUCUACAGCCAAUAGUGUGGCACUCUCCAAUCCUGACAACUGGAGGACCAUGUGCAAGAAGGAUCCUGAAGCCUGUCAAUGGACGAGAGUAUCCACAAUUCCAAGACGUGUGGUCAUGGCAAAGUAG